AUGAAUAAAACCACUCAAUAUAUUAUCGGGUAUACCUCGAUUUCUGUGGCACUACUAAGUUGGUCCAUCUAUGAUUCACUAUCUAAGUCCUUUAACUAUAUAAUGUUCAUCAUUGAGUUCACAGACGGAUUGAAACUUGGUAUAUUCAUCAACUCGAUUGUGUUUACCUUCCUUGUUAUCAAUAAGAUCUUACAAAUACUACUCUUUGGAACACUUCGAAUGAUCGAGGUGGAGCAUUUGUUGGAAAAACUACCUAUAUUUGCUAUUAACUUAUUUCUCAACUUGGCCACUGGUGACAACAACAUCUUAUUGAAUGUAUUGCUAAUGGGAAUUGCCAUGUCCUUCAAGGUGGUGCACGUUAUAAUGUUUGAUCGGUUAGACCUUUUGAAUCUUCAAAUUUAUAACAAGUUGAAUGAUGAUGAAUUUGGUGAUCGAGUGGAGUUGAAAGAUGUCAUCAAAUACUACAUAGGACUGAUCAAUUUCUGGCUCAACAUAAUGCUCAUAGCAAUUGACUUUAGCGUGGCAAAAUUCCUAGUCUACGAUGUUUUCCAAGGUGUAAAUUCAUUUACAUGUUUGUUGUUUGGAUUCCAAUUUGCUGUUCAAGGUGUUGAAGCAUUGACGAACUUUGCCAAGUUAUUGUUAGGAUUCUACGAGAUUGUAUUUUACAAAGUGAGAAAAAAUAACAGGGAAGCUGAGAGGGAAAGAGAGCUCGCAAGGGAAGGUUCCGAAGAGGUUGAGGUUGAUGAAAGUGAAAUACUCGAAGAUGUAGGGACUGACGAAGUUGAGGUGGACGAAAGUACAGCACCAGGAGAAGUACAGACUGAUGAAGUUGAAAUUGAGAACGACGAUGAUAAUGAGCUUGAUUAUGUUUGGGAGAACAAACCUUACUAUGGCAAGGCUAUAGAUAUUUCGUCAGCAUUGCUAACAGCAAUCUCCUAUGUCUGCUUCAUUUAUCUUCUAACAGUACACUCGGGAUUAUCAUUACCGUUAUCUAUGCUUCAAGGAACCUACUCCUCGUUGAGAAAAGCUUGGGUCCAAAUUUCGCAACUUUUGUCACUUAUUGAAUCGUCUAAACGAUUAGAUACCCAAUUACCCAAUGCCACAAAAGAGGACUUGGAGCGUUCAGAUAACUCUUGUUUAAUCUGUCUUGAUGACAUGUAUUCUGCUGAAGAGUAUCAUAGGCUAUUCAAGAAGCCACAAGCUCCCAGAAGAGUUCCCAAGAAAUUGCAAUGUAAUCAUAUCUUGCAUAUGGGAUGUUUGAAGGAAUGGUUGGAAAGAUCGGACAGCUGCCCCUUGUGUAGGCGAAAGGUGUUUGGACCUCAUGAUACAGCAACACAAGCUCAACAGCGCGCAGCUGAACAACAAGGUGUUAAUGUUCAGCCCCAGCCUCAGCCUCAGCCCGAGAAUCAACCACAGCAAGAGCCAGUGCCCCUGCCGCAACCACAACAACAACCAGAGCCACAACCAGAACAUAGAGCUGAGCCUCCACAACCAACUACAACUACAACGGUACCGACGUCACAACCCGAGGGAGAUCUUCCAAAUACAACAUCAAGUUCUGAUGCUGCUAGUAUAAUUGCUAAUGUGAACCGACAAACGGAGAUCCUCAGGAAUUCAGCCAUAUCACAAAUCGCCCCAGUCGAAGGGAGCUCGAGAGACGUGGAACAAAUGACUACAACAUCAACUCCAGUAAAUGCCGCCACCGCGGCUUCUUCAACUUCAAACCCUGGUGAACUUCUCUACCAAAUGAUCAAUCUACCCUCGACAGCAGUAAUACCACCUGAUUGGGUUCUACUCCCAUUGGAGCACAGUGAGGAAGAAGGUGUCGAUUACAAAGUUAGCUUAUCUACUGAUCGUAAAGCGAAUUUGAAGGUUCAUGAUAGGGACAGAAGUAGGAAUUUAAAGUUCUACAGCAUCCCAAGUGAUAGCUGGUAUAACGUAUGUACAUAA